UGUAUUUUUCGUCUUUUUUCCUCAAAAAAAGCCAUGUUCAAGUCAGAUUUACAGCAACAAUUUUGGCUGACAAAGAAAAUUGUGCAACGCAAGCUCGGCGGUAAAGAAGACGAAUGUAUUCAGGACUCGGAUGCUCCGUUAGACUCCAAAAUCUGUCUUUUCACAUCGAUUUCGACGGGAUGUUACAUGUUGCAGAAGCUCACGGAACAAUUAGUGGAUAAAUUGGAUGCCGUUUCGGGAAGUCAGAAUGCUCUCGGGAAAUUUCUCAACGAUAUUGUGCCGCAAACGUGUCCAAAUGCCAUUGAAAAGUACACAAGUGCCAUCGGGAAAGCGCUUUCGUACGAAAGUCAACAAGUUAAUACGUUGAGACCUGCUUUGGUGCGAUUUGAACACGAAUUGACGAUUUUUAACAAUCACGCUGUGCGAGAUGCGAGCGAUACAGUUGUUCGAAUGGAGAAGGAACGAACGGAAUAUCGCGCUGCUCUGAGUUGGAUGAAGUCGGCGAGUCAAAAUAUGGAUCCCGAAAGUUGUAAAGACGUGCAAAAGUUUCGAAAGACACAAAAUUUGGUCAAAAAGUCGAAACAGAAGUUCGAACAAGAGGAGAAUACGUGUUUUCAAAAGAUUGAUCUCCUGAGCGCAGCUCGUUGUAACAUGUUGUCACACGCUUUAACGCCCUACCAAACAGCUUUUCUAUCGAUGAUGAAGAACGUCGUCGGAGUUUAUGCCUCAACUUUGGAAUAUUUGAAGCAAUGCGACGUAAAUGACGAAAAUAUUUUAAGUUCAUUGAAGAAAGAACUCACUGUCGAAGACCAAAAUCGCUUGUUAUUCUUCGAAAAUGAGUAUAAAGACGUCGACGAAGCAGAUUCCAAGCCAAAAGAAGCUGUUGAAACAAAAGAAAACGAAUCUAGUCAAGAAAUUACCAACGAAACUGAACAAAAUUUACUCUUCGAUCUCGGCGAAGACUCCUCAACGAACCUAAUUUCGAAUCCCGAGCCUCCGAAAAACGAUUUGUCAGAUCUUUUGGACAACUUUUCCUUCUGGAAUCACAAAACGACGCCAGAUCCCAAACAACCGAUGACUGAAACCGCAAAAAAGAAUCAAGAUUGGUUCAAUAUCUUCUCGGAACUCGAUCCGCUGGCAAAUAACAACGGCAACAUUCCCUUUACAAAUUUACAAAAUAGCGAAGCUACUUAA